AAGCCCUAUGUUCCACUAGGAACCCAGGGGGGGGGGGGAAAUAAUUAAAAGACAUAGAUUAUCUGAAAAAUGUGGUGUAUUUGCGCUAUACGUUUCAAACAAUCUGAUCACAUAUAUAAUUGUUAAGUCCUCUGGAACCAUUGCCAGCUGAUACUUACAUGUCACACAUUGAAGGCUUGAACGGCGAACUCAUCAGUAAACUUACUCGCUAUAUGAGAUAUGUUAAUGAUGUAACUGUGAUAUGUGAUAAGCAUAAAGAUGCAACAUGCUUUCCAGAAAGACUUAAUAUUGUACAAAACAGCAUAAGCUUAACAUGUGAAGAAGAGAAGGACAACCGUUUGCCAUUCUUACAUACACUCCUGAGUCGUAUGAAAGAUGGUUCAAUAAAACAGUCGAUUUACAUAAAACCCACUUGGACAGGUCAGUACUUAAGCUUCCAUACUUUUUUUCUAAGCCAGUACAAGCGAAGUUUGAUAAUUUGCCUAUUUAAAACGAUCCAGCGUAUUUGUACCAAAGACAAUGAAUGUUGGCAUCAAAAUACUAACGGGAACAUUAGUGGAUAAUAGAUAUCCAUUGAAGUUCAUAAAUGGGCACAAAAAUCAGCCAGGAUUGAAAUCUAAUCUGUACUCUGUUUCGAAGAAAUGCAUUUGCACCACCUUACUAUACAGAGAAGAAUCUAAUAGCAUAAUAUUAAAACGAAGGUUAAGGUCUG